CCGCGCGCAGUUAGAGUUUGGUAUGUUGCGCGUGCAACACGCGUUCGUCGUUCGCUUACAUUUAACAAAUAUUCCCUACUCUUUAAUAUAUAGUAUAUACAAUUUAUAUAAAUAUAUGCAUAUUGUUUGCGUUUAAAAAUAUGUCGAAACGUUGUGCGUGUUGUUUUUGUUAAUUUUCUGUGCUCUGUUUUUGACACAAUUUCGUUUUAAUGAAUUUCGCUUUUUAAACCAAUUUUUGCGGUGCUCAGCAUAACGAACCUUGCUGAGACUACAUACUAAAAAACCACUAAACGGUAAAACAACACGGUAAACUAAAAGAAGCGACAUUAUUCUAGUGAAAUUGAAAGUCAAGUCUUAUUAACAAGAAAAAAUAAUAAUCUCCAAAACAACCAAACACAACGGAAGUGAAUAAAAGAGUGAAAUAAGAAACCCAAAAAGUGCACGAAACAUAAAUACAUACAAAUAUAACGAAGUUCAAUUACAGUUCAGUGAGUGAUGAAGGGUCGUUGAAGGCGGAAGUGUUGAAAAGUGUAAAAAGUCAAGUUUUUUAAUCUGUUUAUGAAAAAAAUAUUGUUACUUUCCAAUAACAAUAAACUAAAUAAGAAGGAAAAAUAAAAGAGAAAUGAAGAGAAGCUUUAAAAAUUAAUGUCAAGCAGUAAAAUUGCUUAGAUAAUUUUAUGAGAAUAAUUUAAAGUGAUAAAAUAAUAAUUCUAAAACAGUGUUGUGAAAAAUUCGCGCAGUGUAAUUGAGAGUAAGCUUAAAUAUUAGAGAGCACGCAGCACAACAGAAAAGUGGAGAGCAGAGAGAUUUUUUUUAAAGCAGCUCAUCGUCACGAGCUAUAAACUCAACUAACCAACAUAAUAGUAAGCACACAUUUUCACCACUACGCGAGUGCAAAACUUCGGUUAGCCAAUACACAAACCGCCGCUGAAAGCGCCACAAAUCUACAAUUAAAUGCACCAAACUCACCACAGCGGCGUACCAGCGCACAAAUACUCAACACUCAUUCAGCAAUAAGCAAUACAGCAUUUAAUUGAGCGAGGAAUUCAACACAAACUAUAUACACCACAACUGCAAUAUGGCGACGACCAACGCAAGCACAACGAUAACGACCACUACUACGCCGACACCAACAACUGAUGACGACUAUGUGACCGUUGUUGAAGUAGACGAUCCCGCAUCCAAAGACACAAACCGCAGACAGCUAGUCAAGCAAAGACAAAGCUCAGUCGAAGAAGACUCUUCGUACAUAACUGUGCUAACGAUCAACAAUCAAACACAAUUGCACAACACAAACAGUGAUGGCAGCGAACAAAGUGCCGGAAGUCAGGAAGCAAACGCGCACAGUAGCACCUCAAAUGGUUUGUUGCACAUAACACAGGCGGAAGCAGACAUUGAAUUGUUGAUCGUGCACCGCCAGGCAGGUGAACGUCUGGGUUUUGGUCUGAAGUUUCAAGGUGGCACACGUAACGCCGAAAAGGUGCACAAACUCUAUAUACAGUCCUGCGCUGCCGACAGCCCGGCCUCGAAAGUGCGCGCCAGUUGGGGCGCAUUGCGCGAGGGCGACGAAAUCGUCAGCAUCGAUGAGCAACGCGUUUGUGAGCUGACGCGUAUUGAAUGCGUGCGCUGUUUGAAAGACAAUGUCGCAAUACGCUUGCAAGUCCGCAACGGUUAUGGACGCAAACCAGAGACGGAGGAAGAGCUGUUGCUGGCGGGCGCCAACAAUAUGGAUGCGGCUAGCGGCAGUACGCCAGGUGCGCGUGUGCUGAGCAAUGAUGCAAGCGGCACAGCUGUGAUUAUGAGCAAUGGUGCAAUGAAGGGCAGUCCACCGCCACCACCACCCGUGCCGCCGCGUAAGCUAGUGAAGCGCAAGUCGUUGAAUGGCGAAAGUAAAAUUGUGGUGCCGGCGGCGGCUACCAGCAGCGCUAGUGCCACGCCAACCAUUACACUAACAGCGGCGAGCCCGUCAAAUGGCAGCGAAGUGGAUAAACCCUUUACACCGCCGCCGGAUGCUGAGUAUUACAUAAAUCUGUUUGCCGACGGGCAAUCGUUGAAGACAGAGUCGGAAUCGGAUGACACUGCAAGCACAAUUUCGACAGUGAUUGAUAAAUUCUCCAUGAGCUCCAACUAUUCGUCCGAAUCAGAUCUGUCCAGCUACACAUCGCUGACAAAUGGCCAGAGUGUGAUUAAUAAAUCAGAGUUGGCAAAGGUGCUCAAGCCGUUUACAAUGCUGGAGCAAGAAUUCAAUGUGAAUGUGAACGGUAAUGCGGCGGUGCAGCUGGAUGAGUGUCUUAAGAAAGUUGCCGAUGCGCCAUCGCCAACAUUGGGGGAUGUAAUGCCAGAUUUGUUGGCGGGCACAAUGUCUGCGACGCAUGCAAAGAAACCGUUAACAUUUAUACCAGGCAACAACUACGAGAAUGUGGAGUUUAAGACCGAGAAAGUCAACACCUAUGAGAAUGUGGAGCUUAAAUCACAGACAACAGGUGUGCCAAAUGUGGUGCUACCAACACCAAAACCGCGACAAGCUGUAGCCGUCACAAACGGCUCGCCGACAGUUGAACCGAAGAAACGUUCAAUUAUACCAACACCACGAAAAAUUGCCACUCCCACUAAGCUGCCCAUACAAGUGCCGCCACCGACAGUACCUAGCGAGGCGUUGCAAGCUAGGUCAAUGCCUAAAGCAACCAAUAACCCAAACACGCCCACAACACCUACCACACCCUCAACACCGACGAACUAUCCACAGACUCCUGCAAAUACGCCAACCACGCCUACCCCACAUGAGAACACACAAAGCGCUAAGGAGUUCAUUACGAAGAUACCGAAAGCUAUAGCUUCGGUGUUUGGUCCGAACUCACAGCGUUCCUUUGAGCGCGCAAAGACUGAAGGUGAAAUAAAGCUUAAGCAAAGUCCUGAGCUUGCGGCGUCUAUUAAGCAACAGACUGCUUUGUUUUUGAAUAAAGAAUGUCACAGUUCUACGGAGAGUGUGGCAAGCGCCAUACGCAAGCCUACGGCAGAUAAAGUGAAAUUUAAUGAAACUAGUAAAUUAUCGCCACACAAAUCCCGCAUUCCUGUAGUGCUCUCGCCGAAACGUUCGCUCGAGUUGGACAACUCCAUGGAACGAAAGCAUCUUGGCAGUCCUUCUAAUAUACCACGUUUCUUAACGCACAAACAAAAAUCCGAAACAGAUCUAAAACUCGGACUCUAUCGCAGCAAGUCUAAGGAGUACAGUCCGCCGGUGAGUCUUAAAAUGCCAUUGCAACGCACGAAUUCAGCCGAAUCGAAACUAAAGAGUCCCGAACGUACACUUAUACCCGUCUUUAGCGGACAGUCGGCAUCCGCAGAGGCAAUACUAGCUACUACUGUUACAACCACAACCACAAAAGUCAAAGGUCCGAAACCUAAACCACCAGAGCGUGUGCAAUCUUUGGCCAAGACCCCGACUCAUAUACCAAAAUUACAAACCGCUCAGGGUGCUAAUGGUGCGGUUACAGUAACACUUGGCGACCGCAGCGUACAAACGCCAUCACCUUCAACAUCCCCAGUCGGUAAUGCACCGACAAUGCACACCUUCAAACAACAAUCACCACCAACAAGCGUUUCACCGAAUCGUGAAAUCCGUUUCAAAAUCCAAACGUACGAGAGCAAAGCUCAAGAACCACGCACACCGUUUACGGAUGUUAACGAUAAUGAAGAUGAAAAAAUGCCCAGUCUCUUCGAUCUGGUACGUAAGCACAGUCCAGAUGGGCAACGCAAAGAUGAUGAUAGCGCAUUGAACACAACUUUAUCCACAUUUAAGGCGCCCUCAAGCUAUGAGCACGAGCAACAUUUGGAGAGUAACGUUGAUGAUGAGGACCCGCCACCAGCUGUGGUGGGUAAAUGUAUUAAGGUGAAUGACUCCUUACCAACUUACUACUCUAGUUCGAGCGAAGAUGAUGAUGAGGAGGGUAGUGCGGUCGAUAAUGAUGCUGAACGCGAUUAUGAUUGUGAGGAUGGUGAAAAGUUAGGACCGCCGGAAGUGAUAAACGGUCCCGGGCCAUCCGAAGCUUACUUCAAUCUCUACUGGCAUUCAAAUAUGUUGCCAACCAUUGGUGAAGUGGAAGAGGAAUUCUCGUCGCUGGAGCCACAAUCCUUGCCAAAUGGACCGAUUGUAAUUGUGGAUGAUUUGAGCCAACAGCAGCAGAACAAGCAGUCUGCGAAUCACAUUGAAGUCGAGAAGGUCAACGAGCAGCAACGGAACGCUGAAAGUCAGGAAAAGAUAGACGCGUACCACUUGAAGGAGACAAAGGUGGCAAGCGUUAGAAAAACUACAAAAGAGACGGACGUCGAGCAGACGAAGCAAAGCUUAGAUCGAGUUGAAGAAGUUACGAAGACCGUGGUAGAGUCAGAGAGAGUUAAGACAGACCAGCCCGUUGCAAUCGAGACCGUAGGCGCAAGUCGCGCUACAAACCAACCAGCAAAGGCGAACAUAGAAAGCUUGCACGAGCCUAAGAGCCACACGACAGUGACAAAUAAAUCGCGAAAUUCGCAAUUUUUGGGCACACCUGUUACACCACCAACGGUACCACAAAUGGAGAAAGCUACAACAAAAUUAGAACAUACAGCGGAAGAUGAUAAGCAGUCGGUGGUGGACGCAACGCGCACGACAAGCGAAGUUGUUAGUGAAAAGACAGUGACAGUGAAAGAGAAUGCAACUGAAAUGAAUGAACAACAAGUAAUAACAAGUGAAAAUAUGAAACAAAAGAAAGUAAAACAAGGUGAUAAGAUAAGUGACAUUACGACCGCAGCAACGUCGGACCGUAAUUACCAAAGUGAGGGUGAAAUGAGCGCAGCGUUUAUUAUGGCCGAACAAAAUUAUAUGCAAAAAGCCAAGACUAAUGAGCCAAAUACUGUUGACAAUAUUGAAGCAGUGAUAACGGUUAAUCAGGUGUCGAACAAUGUGCCGCCAGCAAUGGCUAAAGCGCAACUAGGCGGAGAACUAGUAAGUGAGACAGUAAUAAAACCCACAAUAGCGGCCAUGGAGGUCGUAGGUGUGAAUUCCGAUGAAAUGAAAGCUGCGGAACAAACUAAAAAGCUGGACAUAAAGAAUAUAUUACCUGAGACGCAUGCGAUUAAUGAGUCCAAAGUUGAAACCGCCGAGACCACAACUACCACUAGCAGUAGCACUAACAGCACUAAUCUGACCAGUGAGACACAUACCGAGCAUAAAUCGGAAGAGCGUGUGGAACAAAAGUCGGAGGUAAAGUCCGAGUCCACAACUUCGGAGACUAAAUCUAAGACGCGUCAAUCCACACAAAAGUUGGCGCAUACUAAGACAACAACUACAACAAAGAAGCAGGUAAUCAAGUCUACCACAUCGACCUCGCAGCUACAUGAGAGUUCUAGCUUAGAUACACUAGACGGACUGCCGGAUGAGAUGCGUAAGAUGCUGGCAGCUGGUGGUGGGAAGAUCACGACUGUAACAAGCAGCACAACAUCACCGCCAUCAAAAUUCAACAACAAUUUGACAGAGCAAUUAAACAAACCCAUUGCCUUUACGCUACAACCGUAUGCUGAACGUGUUAACGGCGCAGGUACACCACGUAUAACUGUUUUCGAGGAGCGGCAAUUCGAGAGCAAACAAAAUGCCUACACUGAGCUACGCACACGCGAUGCAACCGGUGAGGAGAAGGUACAAACCAGCACAGAGUCGCACAAGGAGCGCGCCAAAUUGAAGAAGGUACACAGUCACGAGAACGAAUUGGAUCAGCUCGGCAUUGUGAUCGAUGCUGAUGGUGUUGCAGCCGACAAAUGUCAGCCGAUGACGAUCACCGCGUCUGCGGAGACACGUAUAUCGGAGUUAGCCGAGAAUCCACAAGAUAAGCAAAGUAUUGAAAGGGGUAUUUUGAAUUUAUCGGAGAGUGGUAAACAAUUGCAACGCAACGAAGCGGGCGGUGUGGAGUAUAUGGAGUGUGAGCAUCUGGUUCAAGACUCAUAUGAGGAUGUCGAACAAGUUUUGGGUGGUGAGAAUGUCGAAGAGACUGCCAAUAGGCCGACACUCGUACGUGAGUUAAGUGAAACAUUGACUGUGACUAAGGAUGGGGAGAAGCAGGUUACACGUCGCAGCGAAACAACAAAAGAGACGCCAAAGAAGGGCGCCAAACUGCUAAAGAAGUCCGAUGAUGAGCGGCGCUUAGAGUUGGAGGCGCAGAAGCUGAUCGAAAGCUAUCAGAAAGUGAAGAAAGAGGCCGAAAAACUAUUUCAGCAUGAGUUGUGCGAGGACGAAGGUUUCGAUUUUGGCGAUGAUAAGCAAAGAAAGUCUGAAGAAAAUGUUACGCAACAAGUUGAAACCCUAAAAGAAAAUGUUAAGAGUGAACAACAAGUUGCGUUCACCAGCGAAGUGAAGCAGGAAGUUAGUGUGGCGGAUAUGAAACUGCUGCAGUCCGAAAUGGAAGUGAGAGUUGGCGUAGACUCCCAGCAGUCAGCUAUAGAAGCAGUAAAGAUAAGUGAAGCAGAUGUUAGUAAAACUUCGGUUGUCCAGCACGAGCAACCGGCGGUUAUACAGGAAACUACGAACCUAAGCAAACAGCCUCAUGCCGAUUCUAAUAAUUUCGAUGUUACAAAGUUGACCGCCGGAUUCUUGACAGAAGAGCGAAAUUUCAUGGAACAAGAAAGGGUACUGCUGGAAAAAAAGAAAACAGCAGUGAACAACAAAAAAGAGACGGCAAAACCUGCCACUCCCACCAGCGUAUCGCCAGACUUGUUGGAUAAUGAGCCAAUUUAUGUGCUGCAUAAAAAUAUUAUCGAGCCACCGAUAAUGCCAACGUUGACUGCUGUACCAAAUAUCGAGCCAGCGCUGCCCAACUCUAAAGAAGUCAUCGAAAUCCAAGAAGUUAUAGCGCCAAUUGAAACGAAAGUCAAGCUACUACAAAACAUUUCUCAGUUCGAAACUGUGGACAUCAAGAUUAAUCUGCCAACGUCAGUCCAAAUCUCCAAACCUACCGAAGAGGUCAACACAACGAGUGCAACCAAAUCAGCGGCAACGCCACCCAUACCGCAGAAGCGUGAGCACAAAUCCACAGAGAGUACGAACAGCAAUAAGGUACCCACACCUGCGACUACUAACACACCCACGCCAACACCAAAAAAACGUGGCUCAAUCGAAGUGCACAGCAACACUGCCACCGGGGACCACACAACGAGCGCAGCAAAACUGCAAACAACUAAAUUAGAAAUCCCAAUUAACAAACAAAAACUCCAACAAAACCCCACCGCCGUCGCCGCCGCCCACCCAGCAACACAACCGAAGCUCGAGCGCAUUAUCGUUGGCGUAGAACAGCAGCAAUUUGACGAUAGCAACAACAAUAGCAAACAGCCAGCAAUCAUUAACCUCGCUAGCGAAGAUUUGCCAACGGAAAUGGCGGUCAAUACACCGAAACAAGUAGUCGCCGAUGUGCUGAGCAGUAGCAGCAGCAGCGGUGCGAUCGCUUCGGAGCUACAUUUGGAGACUAUUAAUUUGCCAAAUGAGCCACAAAAUAUAGCCAACGCGUCGACAGAGAAAUUAAGGAAAACAGAACGUGUUGGCGAUGGCAUGCAUAUGUCACAAACAACUACACCAACAACAGCGUCUGCGACAUUUGUGUCAACAUCGUCUUCGGCAGAUUCGGUGCAAAGUGUCAUCGAAGUAGGUGGCAUUGUAGAAUCACCAUCGGAGGAUGAGGUCACGCCAGUUAUUACGGGGGAUACAAGUGAAGAAGAUCUUGACCAAACGCACUUGAGUAGCAAAAACAAAAUGGAGAACGGCAUACAGGUGGUGCCGCAAACACCGUUACUCGUCAGCGAUUACCUAACACUCAGCGCACCACCCACAUAUUCCCGCCUGCCACCCGACGGCCAUGAGUUUCCGCCCAAUUUCAGCGAACCUCUCCUAAUGCCCCCGCCAAGCACGAACCUGUUAAAGGCCGCCAGUCUCAUGCAGUCCACCACUACCACAAUGACAAUGUCGAGCACAAAGGGCAGCGCCAACAAUAACAACAACACAAACACAAUUUACACAGAGAAACUGUAUACAGCAGCCAGCGCUAAUGGUGGACAAACAAUGGUCGCCAGCACACGUACAACACAUACACACAUCAGCAGCAAUGUUACGAAUGGUGCCACAGCCACUGGUGCAACGGUGGCAGCAGCGACGGCUACAUUGACAACACAAUCGGCGUCACCGAAUGGCACAUUGAAGAAAAAUAACACAAAAGUGGAAAUGCCCACGCUGGAGUUCAACGUCAACAGCAGUGGCAGUAAAGUGCCCGCCUGCACAGACACAGUCAGCGCACCGCCACCGUUACCGAAAUCUGGACCGCCACCGACGGUGCCGCGCAAGGUGUAUCGACAGGAUUUGGUGGUAAAUGUGGAGGACACGCGUCAGCCGACUGAUAAGCGCAACGAUGUGCUCGCCGAAGCCACUACGCCAUCGGGCGCCGGUAACGGUAAAUUAGUAUUCGAGUCAAGACACAGCCGUUCCACGCAGAAUCUUUCGUCGAGCGGCAGUAGCACGCCAACAGCCAACAAAUUGGAACCACCCACAUUUGAUUUGGGCGCCAGUGGAAACGAUUACAAGCGUUCGUUAAGCGCGCCACGUCGCCAUGGCGAUUGGCGUAAGGAUGAGAAGUCGGAGAAAAGCGUACGCGACAAGAUCGCUAUGUUUUCCAAUGAUGCGGAGGGAAGUGGCGUUGAGCCGCCAGUAAAACCCUUAAGCUUUUCACGCACACAGAGCGCUACGAAGCCGCUCAAUUUAAGCACGGAGAAUUUGCUCGAUACAGCCACUAGCGCGCGCUAUACCAACACAGCCUCUAAUCUGACGAAAACGCGUGCGAUGAGCGUAGAGAAUCUGAAUGAUGUAGCGCGUCAGGUACAAUUAGCCAAACAAUUGCCCACACAAACCUUUUCGGACUCAAUGUACGCGCUAAAUACAUUGGCCACCGACUAUACACAGAGUUAUGCGUCAUUGCCGCGUCGUCAUAUGCAACACUUGGAGCGUCGCAUCAGCUUUUCGGGUCAGCCAACUUAUAUGCCGGAUGAGGCAUCACGUAAGGCUGCCAUAACAAAUAUAUUGGAACAACGGCGCCGCAGCAUGUCCAAGCUGCGCGGUCUGGUAAUACCAGAACGGCCACAUGUGCCUUUGGAGCCCAUACUAGAUCUCCCCGAGAUCAAAAGUCGUGAUAGUGAGAAGUUGAAAUCCGGUAACACGUCGUCUACAGAUUCCACGGAUAGCGGUGUUGGUUCGAGUAGCGGUUACUUCUCAACAGUGCCACGUCCCGCAAAACGCACAGAACUAAUACAAAACUCACCGCUGCGUCCACUUACAGUGGCCACCACAAGCAAUUCCGCAAACAUUGCCGCAAAUAAUGGUUAUCGUAGCAUUUUUAGCGCACAAACUGCUUCGCCACGACAUGCCACAAUGGUGCAAUCACCCUUAGCUAUGCCACAUCAGCCACGGCGCUUCGAGUCAGCGUUACAGGGCACACCGCCGGCUAAGCCACCACGCACCUCGCUCAGUGUGCCACCACGUCAGCAUGCCAUGCAUGAAGAAAGCGACUCUGAUUCUGUUUUCUCUUCAAAGGUUUCCUCACCACCCAUGUCGCCGUGUGUGCCACAGGUGCCUGAGAAGUUUGCGCUCACACGCACGCUCUCCUCAGAGACUAACACUUCAAUAGCCAGCUCAACUACUUCUACGCUCACAUCCGGCUCGGGUUCGCAGGCGAGCUGUUCCUCAGUGGGUAGCACACCGACAGUUGAUUUGUCGCGUCGUGUAUUGAAGUCAGGCUCCAGUGAUUCAGCAACAAAUCGUAAGAAUAUACUUGCUUCGGCGAAGUGUCGCAAUGGACGCGGUGACGCUUCGGCGUUACUACGUAAUCGUCCCUACGAUGAUGAAGAUAGCACUGAUGGUUAUGAUGAGGACGAGGUCCGACGAGUACACAAAUCGAAGCCGCGUUCCACAUCAGGUGCUUCGUUGGUGAUCAUGCCCAACAAGAUGCUGUCAGCGUCGGCACCCAUCAACUAUAAAUUGGUUUCAAAAAAUGACCAGAAUCUCGUCGAUAAGGUCAUCAACGUGGCCGCAUAUGUUGAGGUCACUUCAGAUACAGAUGACAGUAGCCGUAAAUCGGAUAGUACCUCGCCAUUGAAACUCAGUGCCAUGUUAAUCGAUGAAGAACGCAAAGCCAGCUUCAAGGCCGAUCCCAGUCAAAAGGCCAGCACACCACCGAAAGUGGCGUCCAAACCCAAACCGGCUGUUAUACUGUCAGCAGUAACCGCGGUACCCGUACAACCUCUCACGCCACGCAAAGCAACUGAAGUAGUGACGCCACCGAAGAAGUCACAGUCCGAUGCUAGCAAUGAGCUAACACAAUGGAUGCAAGUUGAGGUUGCUAAAAAGACUUCGCAACAAUUAACCAGUAGAAAUAUGCCCGAACGUAUGCCGCUCAAGCCGGUACUUGAGAAAUAUGAAUCCUCGGUGGUAAGCACUAAAACUUACAUUAGCAAAACAUCCACAGCAGCAAAGGUGACCACAGCUGAGAUACGUGAAAAGUUCGAACGUACAGCUGCCGCAGAGCGUGCAGCCGCCGCUGCAGCAAAUGCCACUUCGAAUGUCUCGCCUGCUGUCUCAACGAAUAGUCUACUUGCUACUAAAGUCUUGACCGGCAAAGUUGGUGCUAACUAUCACGAACGUUUUCCCUCACUUGAUUCCAUAGCCUCAUCAUCGUCUGGUGUUAGCUCGAGCACACAGAAUGUAUCCACACAAGAGAAUACCAACGAAUUCGGUAGCUUUUCGUCGCUUGGCAGCAAUCAGAGCUUGAUUACUGCACAAGAUAUACAGCAGAUCAUUGAGGAGGCGGAACCGCCACUCAAGACACCGGAAGCUUUCAUAGUGGUGCUACAACGUGAUACGCCCGAGAGUAGUAUUGGCAUCACACUUGCCGGUGGCUCCGACUACGAAGCCAAGGAGAUUACGAUACAUAAAAUUUUAAACAACACACCAGCGGCCAAGGAUGGACGUCUGAAGAAGGGCGAUCGCAUAUUGGCUGUCAAUGGCAUGAGCAUGCGUGGCCUAACGCAUCGCGAGUCCAUCACUGUGCUCAAGACCCCACGUCCCGAAGUGGUGCUCGUUGUCACACGUUCCGAGUCGGUCAUUGUCAAACCGCUCACCAAGAAACGCUCUUCACUGGGCUCACUCACUUCGUUGAAUGAAAAACCCACCGAAGUGGAUUACGAGAAGAAGCGUAACUACCAUAAGGCGUCGCGUUCGCUCGACUUGGACUUAGAUAUUGUCUCGGCAAGCGAAGAUACUGGCGCAUCGAAAACACCCAGCACAGUUUCGAGCGCAAGUCCCACACCAACCAUGACUGACACCACUGCAGCCACGUUGGCUAGCAUACGUACACGUCGUCAGCAGUCGCGUGUAGAUGCAAGCAAAUUGAGCACCAGUGAGUUGCUGGAGCGUGCCGCCGAGACGCGUAACGCCAUUGCGGCGGAAAUUCGUGCGCAAGAAGAUGCCCGCACCGGUUCACGGUCCGUCGAGAUCGUCAAGGACAGCUGCGAUGGGUUCUCCAUUGAGGGUGGUUUCGAUUCGCCGUUAGGCAAUAAGCCACACUAAUGUGAAGAAAGUCUUUAUGG